CAGCGAUUCCACUUCCAUCAAUUGCCACGAUGUCGUACUCAAGAAGGUCAAGGUACUCCCCCUCCCCCUCUCCUUCGCUGAAGCGUUACAGGUCCCCAUCUCCUUCCCCGAGGCGAUACAGGUCCAUUUCUAGGUCUGUUUCGAGGUCCAUGUCCAGGUCAAGGAGCCCGUCUGUGGAGAAUCCUGGGAACAAUUUGUAUGUGACUGGAUUGUCACCUCGGAUUACGAGGAGAGAGCUUGAGAAGCAUUUUGCGUCAGAGGGAAAAGUGAUUGAUGUCCAUCUUGUGGUUGAUCCGUGGACAAGGGAAUCUCGUGGAUUUGGGUUUGUUACCAUGGAAAAUGUUGAUGUAGCUGACCGGUGCAUCAAAUAUCUAGAUCGCUCUGUACUUGAAGGUCGAGUGAUUACAGUGGAGAAGGCUAGAAGGCGGAGAGGUCGAACUCCCACUCCAGGGAGGUACCUUGGGCUGCGAACAGUUCGUGGACAUCGGCGAAGCCCCAGCUACUCCCCUUCUCGCAGGUCUCCUACCUACUCUCCUUACAGGAGGAGCUUCAGUCGGUCGCCCAGUUACUCAUCUGACCAAGGUAGGAGCAGAUCCUACUCUCCACCAUACAGAAGGCGGAGAUCUUACUCUCCUGAUUAUCGGCGGCGCAGGUCUUAUUCUCGCUCAAGCUCUCCUUACGGCAGAUCCCCAGUGAGAUAUCGUGAGCACUCCUACUCCCCUUACGGCAGGGAGUACUCACCAGAUGACUCUUACUAUGGAAGGAGGCGACGCUAUCACUCUAUUUCACCCAGGCCCCGGAGGAGCUCAAGGAGGAGUUAUUCUCCUGUCUCACCUAGGCGUAGGUGGAACUCUAGGAGGAGCUACUCUCGCAGUGUCUCGCUAAGACCUAGGAGGGUUUCCCGGAAAAGUUACUCACCAAGUGUGUCUCCUGAGCCUAGGAGGAGGAGCUCGAGGAGGAGUUACUCUCGGAGUGUAUCUCCUAUAUACAGGAGCUCAAGGUCCCACAAGAGUUCGGCCCUGCGAAAAUAUUCCAGGAGCUGCUCUAGGAGUCGAAGUCCAAGUGUGAGUGCAAGUUCUAGAUUUAUGUCAAGAUCUGCUAGUCCUAGAUCUACCUCGCCUUCAACUUGAAGACUGCCAUUAGGCGUAUCUCUAGCUUGGUAGGGAUUUGUAUCUCGACUCUUUGGAAUGUGUUAGAAUAGUGUCAAAUUUGUUUUCGGUUCGAGUAUGAGUCACUGUAAAAUAGUAAUGAGAUACAUCUUAUCGAUCGAUGUUUCCCAGAGUACUGUGACUUCUAUUAACUGUGGCUGUUAUUAGUGAUAAAUAAUAUUGCAAUAUUUGUAAUUUCCUCUGCGGUAGUUAAACUAG